AUGGAUCUUGGCGUCACCAUUGUUUUCCUCACCGCCACCAUUUAUCGAUCGAGUAUUCCUGAGCUCGCAAAGGCGUUCAACAUUGAAAACUUGGAGGUUAUCGCUGCGCCCACGAUACGACCCAACAUACGUUACCAAGUGGAUACAUAUUCUGAUGAGCGGCUGAUCCUUGAACAUCUCACACAAGCAUACCGCGAGGCUGUUCAGCACGCUACCCCUCGUGAUCGUCUACUCAUCUACUGCCGCUCAUAUAACGAGUGCGAUCGCGUCGCCGCCGCCUUGCGCCUACCGGUACACAAGGCGAAAUAUACAAAUGAUCCGGCAGCCGAUGCUGACACCAGACACCAAGUUGAACAAGAUUGGCUAACGGGGGUCACACAAGGCCUCGUCGUGACCACAGGCUUUGGCACUGGUAUCAACUACCCUUACGUCAACCACGUCUUCGUCCUCAAUCCCUACGACAUGAUCAGCGUCACUCAACAGACUGGCCGCUUAGGCAGAACGGGUGAAGUUACAUUCGCGAGGAUCAUAGGACAAACUAGCAGGUAUCGCAAAGCACCCGCCAUCACAGGGGUCGAUCAUGCCGGGAAACACCAACUCUACCAAUUGUUCACGACGAAUACUUGCAGAAGGCUUUCUCUCGGUAGUUUCGACGAUGAGUCUCAUUCGUGCCACUCAGUGCCAGGUUGCACCCCAUGCGACUAUUGCGACACUCUUGAGAACCUUCCACCCGUCCCCCCUCGUUAUACAUAUCCGCUACGCGACACGCGUUGGUCACGCAAACAAGUCACGCGUGGAUCAGGGGGUCAGAUCACGAGCGAGUCAGGGGGUCAGAUCACGAGCGAGUCAAAUGAUCCGGUCACGGGUUCCAACUCGAUGAUUUUUGACAAGUCCACACGACCUGCCGUCCAUGCCUAUCAUGACAUUGGAGAUCACUAUCACAAUCAUCUCUCCACACCAACGUUCUUUGACAAGCAUGUUGCUCGCUCCGUGUCUCCGCCGCUCCCUUCAACACCUCGACCGCACUGCCACCAUGAAGCCCUAGCACUGAACAAACAGGAAGGUGUUGCCAAACGUGAUUUGGCACAGGUCCACUCGCAGUCAUUCAAGCGCCUUGUCGACAUGCGAGACAGGUGUCUAACGUGUCAAGUUUUCGGCCGCACUCCCUGUGGCACUGAAGACGGCUUCCGAUGCCCCGUAGGUAUAUACGGAUACAGAUGUCAAUACAUGCUGGACGGCGAACCGUUGCCGACACUCUACGGGGACGUUUACAAGAUGGCACUCAGGAAUUUCGACAAGACCUGCCGCGUAUGCUGGAUCUGCUAUUUUCCUUUCUCGUACAAAACGCACACCAAAGACGAUGACGUUUGCAAAAUGCAGAAAGACGUCCUCAGCCCCAUCGCAUGGGCAUUAUUCUGCCUUCCCAUUGUGCUGUCACCGUCCGUAGCCCAUGGGUUACAAGACAAGCUAUUGCACACUGCCGGCAUUACAACUCCCAUCUUCCAAUCCCUCGAAACAUAUUCGCAUUGGCUUGUUAAGCCCCACCCAACUGUCCAGAACUCUGCAAAUCUCGUAGAAUUAUGCAUUGCCUUUGAACAGCUGUAUCAUGCUAAGGACUGGCCGUAG